AUGUCCAACUGCUACUGGCAUAAAAAACUUGAUGAAGAGUCAUCCUAUCUGUGUGCAUUCAACACACCAUCCGGUCGAUACAAGUUCAAUCGCAUGCCUUUUGGCAUAUGUUCUGCAUCGGAUGUAGCGCAGAAAAUGGUAGAUGAUGAAUUUUCUGACAUCCCUGGUGCACUAGCAGUACAUGAUGACAUCAUAGUCUCAGGUGCCAACACAGAGGAGCAUGACAUAGCUCUAGAGAAAGUCCUACAUCGAGCAAGAGAACGAAACAUAAAAUUCAACAAGAAGAAGAUCCAACUACGAGUCACUGAAGUGAAAUAUCUUGGCAACAUCGUUAGUGCUAAAGGAUUCACUCCUGAUCCUGAGAAGAUUAAAGCCAUUGUCGAAAUGCCUCUACCAAAGAGCAAGCAAGAUUUACAACGCCCAUUAGGAAUGGUGAACUAUCUUUCACAGUACAUACCAAACAUGUCUGAGAUCACUGCGCCACUGCGUACCCUUCUCAAAAAAGACAUACAAUGGUUCUGGCACAACGAACACCAGAAAGCACUCGAAAGAAUCAAGAAAGUCCUCACAAGCAGCCCAGUUUUGCACUUCUACGACAUCGAUAAGCCUGUUAUCCUCCAAGUUGAUGCGUCACAAGGUGGACUGGGUGCAUGUUUAAUUCAGGAAGGACACCCAGUAAUUUAUGCAUCCCGAUCACUCACCAAUGCUGAGCAGCACUAUGCUCAGAUAGAGAAAGAGCUGCUCGCAAUCGUUUUCGCAUGUGAACGUUUCAACCAAUUCAUUUAUGGGACACAAGUCACAGUACACAGCGACCACAAGCCGUUGGAAGCCAUCAUAGCUAAACCAUUAUCACAAGCACCACCGCGAAUUCAGCGUCUUCUCAUCCGACUACAGAAGUAUCACCCAACAGUGAAAUAUGUUCCCGGGAAAUUCCUGUUUAUCGCCGACACUUUGUCAAGAGCGUACUUACCAGAAGAACGAGAACAACAGGAACUUAAUGAGGACAUUGAAGUAAUGGUGCACAGCAUGGUUACAGCAAUACCAGCAUCUCCUGAGAAAAUGGCAGAGCUUAAGGAAGAAACAGCGAAUGAUGAAACGCUACAACAACUUAAACAGCAGAUGGUUCAAGGUUGGCCUGAUCGUAAGCAUGAAAUCCCGCAAAACUUAGCUACCUACUGGAACAUUCGCCAUGAGCUGAGUGAAGCAGAAGGUCUGAUCUUCAAAGACCACCAGUUAGUCAUACCUACAGCAAUGAGGAGCAAUAUGCUCAACCUGAUACAUGAAAGUCAUCUCGGGAUAGAGAAAUGCAAAGCACGCGCAAGAGCAAUCCUUUUUUGGCCUGGAAUGUCAAAAGAUAUCUACGAGAAAGUAUCAAAAUGUGCUACUUGCGCCACAUAUAGAAGAAGAAACCAGAAGGAACCGAUGAUAGCACAUCCAAUACCUGAACGACCAUGGCAAAAGCUAGGAACUGAUCUGUGUGAAUGUAAGGGCAAGAAUUACCUCGUUGUAGUAGAUUACUAUUCGAAGUUCAUCGAAACAGCCCUUCUUCCAAACAAGACAGCAGGAACAGUAAUUAGACAUUUGAAAUCAAUUUUUGCCAGACACGGAAUCCCAGAAGAGUUGGUAUCCGACAACAUGCCCUUCAAUAGCAAAGAGUUUGACGAAUUCGCCAAAGAAUGGAGAUUCAAACAAACAACAUCAAGCCCAACCUAUGCUCAAUCAAAUGGCAUGAGUGAAAAAGCUGUACAAACCGUAAAACGGAUCCUGAAGAAGGCUGACGAUCCAUACGUUGGUCUGAUGGAGUACCGUAACACGCCUGUUACUGGAAUGACAUACUCCCCAUCACAACUGCUGAUGAGCCGCACCACAAGAACGAAGAUUCCGAUAUCCAAAGAGUUACUACUACCAGCAGUGCCAAUCAAUGCACAGCAGCAGCUUGAACAACGACAGAACCAGCAGAAGCAGAACUACGACAAAUCAACCAAACCAUUACCACCACUUGAAAUUGGAGAAAACAUCCACCUACGCCAGGACAGUAUCUGGGUACCAGCCACCGUAUCUGGACUGGCCCCUGCCCCAAGAUCGUAUAUCGUCACAACAUCAGAUGGACAACAAUACAGACGGAACCGUCGUGACCUUUUAAAGACCAACAUUCCGCCUUCAACCAUAAUAGAGCAAACUGAGGAUGUUGGUGAAGAACAACCGACCAUUAUUCCACAACCACCAGAUUUAGACCUCCAGAAUCCACCUAAUCAGGGGUGA